AUGGCAGCAUUUCCAAAUAAUACUCUUCGGUCUUUCAAACCUCUCUCCCCCACUUUUAACUCCUCAACGGUCAGAAAUUCCGUUUUGGCGCGAAAUUCCAUCAGUCAGGUGCCCUCUUCAACUGGAGCUGUCUCUGCCAAAGAAAAGAGAUCCUUCCCAGGGAAACCAGAGGCUGACGUUGUAGUCAUUGGAAGUGGUAUCGGUGGAUUGUGUUGCACCGGGCUCUUAGCUAGGUACCAGCAAGAUGUUCUUGUCUUAGAGAGUCAUGAUCUGCCUGGGGGUGCUGCUCAUUCGUUUGACAUUAAAGGCUUUAAAUUUGACUCUGGCCCAUCUCUGUUCUCUGGUUUUCAGUCCAAAGGCCCUCAGGCUAAUCCUCUUAGUCAGGUUCUUGAUGCAUUGGGUGAGACAAUUCCUUGUGCUAGUUAUGAUUCAUGGAUGGUCUACUUACCUGAAGGUGAAUUUCUGUCGCGCAUUGGCCCCACAGAAUUUUACAAGGACCUGGAGAAGUAUGCAAGUGCAAAUGCUGUUCAAGAAUGGAAAAAACUUCUUGAUGCCAUUCUUCCAUUGUCUGCAGCUGCAAUGGCUCUGCCUCCACUUUCCAUCCGAGGGGAUUUGGGUGUUCUUUCCACUGCCGCUGCAAGAUAUGCUCCCUCUCUCUUGAAAUCUUUUGUACAAAUGGGACCUCAGGGAGCACUUGGUGCCACAAAGCUUCUCAGACCAUUCUCAGAAAUCAUUAACUCAUUGGAACUGAAAGAUCCCUUUAUACGUAAUUGGGUGGACCUACUGGCUUUCUUGCUUGCUGGGGUGAAAUCUAAUGGUAUACUUUCAGCAGAGAUGAUUUACAUGUUUGCGGAAUGGUAUAAGCCAGGCUGCUGUCUUGAGUACCCUCUUCAUGGAAGUGGUGCAAUUGUUGAUGCUCUUGUUCGGGGAUUUAAGAAGUUUGGUGGACGGAUUUCUCUUGGAAGUCAUGUGGAAAAGAUUGUUGUUGAAAAUGGUCGAGCCACUGGAGUCAAGCUAAGAAGCGGUCAAUUUAUACGUGCUAAAAAGGCUGUUGUUAGCAAUGCCUCUAUGUGGGACACUCUAAAUCUAUUACCUAAGGAAGUUGUUCCAAAGUCAUAUCUGGACAGGACCAAGAAGACUCCUCAAUGUGAAUCAUUCAUGCAUCUUCAUUUGGGAUUUGAUGCAGAGGAUGUACGGAAGGACUUGGGGAUUCAUCAUAUAGUUGUUAAUGAUUGGGAUAGAGGAGUGGAUGCUGACCAGAAUGUUGUUUUGAUAUCUGUACCUAGUGUACUAAGUCCGGAUCUGGCACCACCUGGGAAACAUGUGUUACAUGCUUAUCUUCCAGGAACUGAACCCUUUGAUUUGUGGAAAGGAUUUGACCGUAAAAGCUCUGCAUACAAAGAGCUCAAAGCUGAGAGAUCUGAGGUUAUGUGGAGAGCUGUGGAGCGUGCAGUUGGUCCUGGCUUUAGCCGAGAGAAAUGUGAGGUUAAGUUAGUCGGAUCUCCAUUGACGCAUCAGAGAUUUCUCCGAAGGAACCGAGGAACAUACGGACCAGCAAUACAAGCUGGUAAAGACUCUUUCCCAGGGCAUUCUACUUCCAUCCCUCAGCUUUAUUGUUGUGGAGAUUCUACUUUUCCUGGCAUUGGUGUCCCUGCAGUUGCUGCUAGUGGUGCCAUUGUAGCCAAUUCACUAGUUUCUGUGUCUCAACACUCUGAACUUCUUGAUGCCAUUGGAAUUUGA